CAGCUCCUUCCAGUAGUCAGUGCACUCACUCACAGGCCUUGGUGUGGCCUGAGGGCUUUAGGAUUCUGCACUGAGCAGCUGGAGCUCCAAUGCUGCCCCUCCUGUGUGCAGUGCGAGCCCAGCGCGUGCGCCCAGCAGCCCCCUUUUGUUGGAAGAGCCCUGUGUGUGAGAACGUCCCGUGAUGGCAGAUCCUGAUUUAGACUUCACCAGCGGAGAUGCUGGGGCUUCUCUGACGUACCCCAUGCAGUGCAGCGCCCUCCGCAAGAAUGGCCACGUCGUGCUGAAGGGGAGGCCGUGCAAAAUCGUGGAGAUGUCCACCUCCAAAACGGGCAAGCAUGGACAUGCAAAGGUUCACUUGGUUGGAAUCGACAUAUUUACCGGAAAGAAGAACGAAGAUAUUUGUCCCUCCACUCACAACAUGGACGUCCCCAACAUCAAGAGGCUCGACUAUCAGCUGGUUGGAGUGACCGAUGGGUUCCUGUCCCUGAUGAAGGAUAACGGAGAUAUCAGAGAGGACCUGAGGCUGCCGGAAGGAGAUCUGGGGAAGGAGAUCGAGAGCAAGUUCGAGGCUGGAGAGGAAAUGCUGAUCUCUGUUCUGUCUGCGAUGGGUGAAGAGUGCGCCGUGGCCAUCAAGGCAAUGACCUCCAAAUAAACCGGAGCAGGCUGGCUGAGAUUUUGCCACAGUGUGGAUUUCACUGUGUGGAUGUAAACGUCACCAAAGCUGCGGAGCUAUGGCCUUUACAGACAACCUCAGAUUACUUCUGUUUAACCGUGCUGGGCCUUUCUUUACCUCUUUCUCUCUCUUUCUCUCUUUUUUAGCACUCUUUUAAAUCAGUCCUCUUUUUCUCUUGUUUUGUUUUUCUCCAUUCCUUUGCUUCCAUAUUCCAGAUUUACUUUUGAGCAUUCCUUACGGAGAGUCAGUUCAUCAUUUGGGUUACUCCUAUUCAGUUGUUCAUUCCCUUUAGGACGAAAUCAUUUUGUAGGUUCUUUCAGAGGCCGUGCGCUCGGGACUAGUGUCACCUGUAGAUUCCCGUCCAUUAAAGCUAAAGGAGCGGUCGGCUGUCGUCUGAUUUCGGGCGUCUGAUUUCUCUCCGUGCCCUUCUGCCUUAAACUGGUACAAACUGACAGCCAUAGAAGACCUGCUGGCCUCGCGUCGUUACCUCUGAUUUAAAAAAAGGCAUCUUUUCCACCUCCUGUCGAAUGCAUGCUUCUGAAUGUUGCUCUGAUACUCUGUGUGGGGGAAUCGGCAUUAAAGUACCACCUUGUUUCCGCUCGUGGCCUUUAUUACCAGACCGAACAUUUAAAGGGCCCAUAUUCUGCAUUGUCUUUUUUUUUUAUUUUUUUUUUUUAUAUAAAUAUAAUGUCCGCUAAACAUUUCUGUGGCUCUGUGUACCGAAAAAAGCCAUGAUUCCUUUUCAUGUUACCUCGCUUCUUAGAAAAUAGACUUUGUUAAUGUGCCUUUUAAGACUGUGUGUAAAUUAGCUCGUUUCUGAUUGGCUGCCCUCGUUUUAAACAAACAAAAAAAAGCAGUCCUUGCUGCUCCUUAUAACUUCAGGACAAGUGGGCGGAGCUAAAACUGCUGUAGGCUGAGUAGGCGGGUAUAUGAGCUGGAUUUUUGUGAUGUCACAAAACCAGCGAGUUCAAAAACGGGUUGUUUUUGUGGCUCAGUUUUCAAAUAUGAGCUGAAUGGUAUGUUCUAAGACUUGCAUUUCAAAUAAUUCGAUUUUUUCCAUGAUAUGGGCCCUUUAAAUAGUUUAAAAAUAGUUCUUGAGUUUUUUUUUUUGUUUUUUGUUUUUCCUCCUAGUUUUAUCAGCAUUUCGUAUUUUGCGUUGUGUUUGGUGUUUGGAGGUUGGAGGCACAGUUGGCUCAUAGCUGAUGUGCGGCAGGCGCUCCGUUUCGCACCAGGUUGGGCAUUUCAAGCUUAAAGAUCAUUACGACAGGCUAUUCUGCGGACUUGUCCUCUACCUUCCCAUCAUGGAACUGACUGUUCUUCUCUGUAGGUUCUUUCCAGUUGCGCUAGCUGUUUGAAUUUGCGGUGACGGAGCUGUUUGAGUUGGCGUUUAGCUGCGGCCGGUGCGCUAAUGACCACUACACUAGUAGUCUUCCCUAAGCCAUACUUCAGUGACCUGAAUGCUACACCGUUGGUGGAAAGGCAUGUAAAAUACAAUGAAAUAAACAAAAACAGCUUGAAAAGCUGCGGUGCAUGAGCUUUUAGGCUGACUUUGCUCUGGACUAAUGGCCUUGCUGGAUCGAAUUCACAAUUAAAGCUUCAGAUUUGGUCCAAUUUUAACAAUGCUUAAAACUUUCCUUCUCGAGUGUCUUUUAUUUUCCAACUGUUUCUUGUUUUUCUUAAUGUUUGCCUGAAUGAAAGUGUUAUUUGUGAACAAAGUCAGUUUUGUUUAAGUGUUGAACAUUAUUCCAAUACACUUACAGAGACUUGUCACUUGUUUACUUAACUUUACUUGCUGUAAAGUUGCAGAAGUUUUUGAGGGGGAUUCCACCCUAUUUUUGAAAAUAUUUGAAAACGAUCUGCAUCAUUUAGUGGUUAAGAUGUAAACAAAGGGUUUCAGAGUGGUCUGAAUUUUUUUUAUUGAAGGUAAAAUAGUGGAAAAUCUCAACUUGUGCACCAUGAACGGAUUAAAAAACUAACAAUUUAAACCCAAAAACGAUCAUAAAACAGCGUCUCAGUCAUCAGGCAGUGAAUUCAGAACCAUUUCAUGUAGGAACUUUCUGCGAGGAGCUUUUAGAGGGGGACGUCUGGUUCCUAUCACCACCACUGUGAGCAGCUCUGACUCGUUAAGUUUAUCUAGAACAGUGUUUCACACUAAACCGCUCUGUUUACAUCUUAACCACUAAAUUAUGCAGAGAAUAAAAAAAAAAAUAGGUGGAAUUUCCCUUUAAAUACUGAAAACCUCCUGGUUUUCAAAGUGAUUUCCUGCAAAUGUAGCUACAUGUCAUGUUUCCUUGUUUGUAUUUUGUCAGCGACACAUAAAACAAACUUGCAAAGUACAAGUAUAUGCAGAUCAAACUAGUAAAGCAUUCUUUCUUGAAAAAUUCA